AUGGCAAGAGAUCUGCAGCAGCAGCCGCAGCAGAACGAAAAUAGUGACAGCAACGCAAAUGGACUGAAGCGCAAGGCCGAGGAUCACGGGAACCAGGGUCAGCAACGCGCCAGACGAAACCGAUAUGUAUCGAUCGCGUGCAAUGAAUGCAAACGACGCAAGAUCAAAUGCAAUGGCCAGACUCCUUGCCAAAGAUGCGGCAACCUCAACCUCGAAUGCGUUUAUGCGCCGAACUGUUGCGCCGGCUUCAAGGAAUCGCAAGAGUUCAAGGAUAUGUCGCAGCAGAUAUCGCUUUUGCAAGACCAAGUCAGUGUACUGUACGAUCAGCUGAACCAGCUUCGUUCACAGGUCACCGGCCAUGGAUCAUUCAAUGCGCGGACCGCUUCGCCAGGCGUAGGCGCCGCGGCUUUGUCCCCGAGCCAUCAUCGUCCUCGUGCGUCAAGUCAAUCGCAGCAACGCUUUAGAGGUCCGACCAGUGUAGCCUUUAAUUUGGGUGUCGCAAAGAACAGCUUGGAAUCAAUGGGCAUAACGGGCCAGCCUGAUGAGGAGAAUAAUGGGAGUGGUGAUGCAGGGACAGGCACAGCAGAUGCGACACCACAGCGAAGCCCAGCACUGAAAGGUCAGCUGUUGCAAAGCAUCCAUCGCGAUAAGGAUCCUAUAUGGACAAUACCGCAAGAGGAAGCAAUCAGACUAUGUCGAGUCUAUGAGGACGAAAUGGGCUUGAUGUAUCCUGUUGUGGACAUCAAUAAAGUCAUUGCAUAUGCUGGUAAGCUUUAUAAAUUCAUGGAAGCGGCACAUCGCUCGGGCUUGAUGCAACAGGGCCUGCCGGGAUCCGAUGCCAUUGACGAUGAAGACACAAAUUUGCUCAAGGUGGUCAUGGCCACGGCAAUGACGGUAGAAGCAUCAGGACGCAGCGAGACGGGGCAGCGGAUGUUCGAAUACGUGCAGCCUGCCAUUGACACGAUGCUAUUGGGAGCUAUAGGAGUAAAGGCCAUUCGGCUCCUGGUCAUGACUGCAAUGUACGAAUUUCAUCGCGAUAACGAAGGCACAUCGUGGAGGAUAAUAGGACUGACUGCACGGUUGUGCAUUGAGCUCGGUCUUCAUCGUCGCGAGACUUACGACGCUAUUCAAGACGAGUCGGAACGAUCAGAUACGAUGCUAUUGUUCUGGGCAAUAUAUGUGCUGGACAGACGCUGGAGUUUCGGAACUGGUAUGCCCUUUGCCGUCCAGGACACUGAUAUAGAUCCGCAGCUUCCUAAGCCGGAGGACCGCUCACCGUACCUUAGCGCUAUGAUCCAGUAUUCCGGCAUCAGCAGCAAAGUGUGGAAGUCGGUCGUCGCUCUUCCGAUGUCUCCUUCAAGAGGCGGGGCGCCGAUCAAUGUCGACGAGAUGAACUACUUGGACUAUCAAGUCAUCCAGUGGCACAGAAACAUCCCUGCACAUCUCCGCUUCGAGCAUCCGUCUCAGAAUGGCAAGGUGCCUUCUACUCCGAUCGGUCCCUCGCCAUCGCGAGCAGGCCACAGAUUGCGUAUCUUGCUUUACCUUCGUGCAAACCAGAUGCGCAUCCUCAUCUAUCGACCCGUCCUACAUUCCGCAACCUCUAUCAUGCAGCACCGAGAACAAGCGCAGACAGCUGUGGACGUUGCCAAAGACACGAUCAGAGUUUUGACUCACAUAAAUCAGACGUCAGAUCUUUAUCGCACUCAGCAGGUCAUGUUCAAUGCCUUCCUGACGUCGGCGUUGGCCGUGCUGUUCCUCGCGGUGAGCCACACUCCGGCCGUUUUCGCCGAGAAUGUCCGUGAGGAGUUCUACAUGGCGCUUGAACUCGUUCGAGGAUUUAGCAGAGGCAGUUGGGUGAGUCGGCGGCUAUGGAAGACGAUCCGCGUUCUGAAAGAAGUUGGCCCUAAGCUCGGCUUGAUGAUGAAAGAAGGAUCGAACAACCAACAGCACAGUUCCAGCAAGGACGAGGACGCAAGCCACUCUGCCGCCGUGGCCAUGGCAGGGCUGGCUGGUGUCAAUGUCGAUGAAAACUCCUUGUACAAUGGAGGACCGCAGCAGCAUCACUGGUCGGCUCAAUCGGGAGCGAGUAGUAGCCCGGAGAAUAUGGUUCACGAUCUGACGAGCCUGUUUGAAGCAGCCGGCGGUUACCAAGCAAUGGAAUUGAACGGUCACCAUAAUGCCGACGGUGGCUACGGUCUAAACGCUGCAGACAGUGUAGAAGGCUUCGGCAGUGUUGGAGAAGAUGGACUGUCGAAUAUCCUCAGUGAACUUUUUUGA